UCAGCCUCCAUCUGAAAUAGUUCUCGAUUCUAAAAAUAAAACGUAGAAUUUGGCAUUCAGGAACCUGAUUAUUUGACCUGGAAAAUACAUUUUGAGUUAUAUCAAAUCACGGUGUUAUACAGUGAAAUAUGUUUUACAAAGCUUUCUUUUUGUUGUGCUUGGUGUCCUUGAUUCGCCAAUCAACAUCUGUUCAAUGUUUCUCCUGCAGAAGUGUUGACAAAGGUUCGAAAGGUGACUGCUACUAUGUAAGCAACGUAACAACCCCUAUACAAGAAUGUUUCUAUGGCUGCUACCUGUAUCAGUAUACUGUUACAGAAGAGACUUCUCCAACAUACACACUUUCUUUGAAAAAAGGAGUCAAGAAAUCAACUAAGAAGACUAAUACUAUUUAUACAGAACGCUCUUGUGAACCACAUCGAGAUCUCCAGUGCAAUCCACAAUACAAAGUGGCUGAAGGAGUCGCUACGACUUACCGCAAAAACCACUGUGUGAUUUGUUAUCAAGAUUUGUGCAAUCAUUCUUCUAGAGUGAAAUUAUCACUUUUCUCGAUUAUACUACUUUCAUUUCUCAACUUCAUGAACUGAAUGCUUGUUUCAGUUACUUUUUGAGAAGUAGUUGGAAUGAUCGACUAAAUUUCAAAUAGCUUUUAUAAGCACUGAAUAAUAAUUAAUAAAAUAUACCAAGUA